GCAAAGGCAAAAAGGGGAAAGGUAAACAAGAAGACGGUGGAGCAAAAGGGCCGCCGCUGAAGAAAGCCAGAAAAAAGGGAGAAGCAGCACCAGCAGAGGCAGUACCGGCGGAAGCAGCCGCUGCCCCUGAGGAAAACGGAGAAGAACAAAACAACACUGAGAAUGUUGCUGAAGAAGACUUUGGAGAAGAACUCUAA